GCUGUCCUGCCUCCCGCCCCCGCCUAGCCUGACGCCGGGCCUGGGGACGGCAGGGAGGAGGAGCCAGCCCCGCCGGAGCUGCAGCGGAGGGGUCCCCGACAGCCCGCGCCGGCCCACCCCUCGUCACAAUAAAAGUCCCCUCAGACUCGCCGUCGACGGUAGCCGCGCAGCUCCUCUCUGCCUGCACUCGUCUCCGCUCGCAGCCUUCUGCAGUUCUGACUCACGCUCCUCCGGACGCAGCAGGAACGCAGACAGCGCAAUGUCCUCAAACCCGCUCCCGGCCGUGCCCAAGCCCAAAUCGCCCUUCCGGAAGAGGGGCAGCCUGCAGAACACUGCCAGCCCCGAUCUCCGUGGUGCCCCAGGCCCCAAGCCCCUCACCUCCCAGCGCUCCCUCCCUGGGAUCCCUGUUACCCUCAAACACUUCCCCGACCUCCGCACAUCCAUGGACGGGAAGUACAAGGAAAUCGCCGAGGAGCUGUUCUCGCGCAGCCUGGCGGAGAGUGAGAUGCGCAGCGCCCCCUAUGAGUUUCCCGAGGACAGCCCCAUCGAGCAGCUAGAGGAACGGCGCCACCGCCUGGAGAGACAGAUCAGCCAGGAUGUCAAACUGGAGCCCGAGAUCCUGCUCCGAGCCAAGCAGGACUUCAUGAAAAUCGACAGCGCUGCCGACCUGGAGUUCAUGAAAGAACAGAACGAGGUGGCCACGGACCACUUCCCUAAGGAGAGAGAGAUGGUCGUGGAGAGGGAAUACCAGCGUGUCUCGAUCUCAGGAGAGGAGAAGUGUGGGGUGCCCUUCACCGACCUGCUGGACGCCGCCAAGUGCGUGGUGAAGGCGCUCUUCAUCCGGGAGAAGUACAUGGCCCUGUCCAUGCAGAGCUUCUGCAAAACCACUGCCCACUACCUGCAGGAGCUGGGGGAGAAGCCCCUGGAGCUCCGUGUGUACGAGGAGAUCCCCGAAACACCCGUCGCCGCAGAUGCGCCCGUGCACCCGCCGGUCUCAGAGACGCACCCCUACGAGGGCCAGGACCCCAAAAACAUGCCUCCCGACACUGGCUACGGCUGCAAGAUGGUGGACGGCGUGAUGCAUGUCUAUACUAAGAAGAGCCCCAUGGAAAAGAGCACAGAGCUGGACCUACCCUACCCAGAUCUCCAGGAGUACAUCGCCGAUAUGAACGUCAUGAUGGCUCUCAUCAUCAACGGGCCAGUGAAGUCAUUCUGCUACCGGAGACUGCAGUACCUGAGCUCCAAGUUCCAGAUGCACAUCCUGCUGAACGAGAUGAAGGAGCUGGCGGCGCAGAAGAAGGUCCCCCACCGCGACUUCUACAACAUCCGCAAGGUGGACACGCACAUCCACGCCUCCUCCUGCAUGAACCAGAAGCACCUGCUGCGCUUCAUCAAGCGGGCCAUGAAGAAGUACCCCGGCGAGAUCGUGCACAUGGAGAAGGGCAAGGGCCAGACGCUCAUGGAGGUGUUCGAGAGCAUGAACCUGACCGCCUUCGACCUGAGCGUGGACACCCUGGACAUGCACGCCGACCGCAACACGUUCCACCGUUUCGACAAGUUCAACGCCAAAUACAACCCCAUUGGGGAGUCCAUCCUGAGGGAGAUCUUCAUCAAGACCGACAACCACAUCGAGGGGAAGUACUUCGGACACAUCAUCAAGGAGGUGAUGGAGGACCUGGAGGAGAGCAAGUACCAGAACGUGGAGCUGCGCCUGUCCAUCUACGGCCGCUCCCGGGACGAGUGGGACAAGCUGGCGCAGUGGGCGGUCAAGCACGGCGUGUACUCGGACAACGUGCGCUGGCUCGUCCAGGUGCCCCGCCUCUUUGAUGUCUACCACACCAAGAAGCAGCUGGCCAACUUCCAGGAGAUGCUGGAGAAUAUAUUCCUGCCGUUAUUCGAGGUCACCGUCAACCCCCGCAGCCACCCAGAGCUGCACCUCUUCCUUCAGCAUGUUGUGGGCUUUGACAGUGUAGAUGAUGAGUCAAAACCUGAACAGCACAUCUUCAACCUGGACAGCCCUCUACCAGCCAACUGGACCGAAGAGGAAAACCCCCCCUAUUCCUACUACCUCUACUAUAUGUACGCCAACAUGACCGUGCUCAACCACCUGCGCAGGAGGCGGGGCUUUCCCAUGUUCGUGCUCCGCCCUCACUGUGGGGAGGCGGGGCCUAUCCACCACCUGGUGUCUGGCUUCAUGCUGUCGGAGAACAUCUCCCACGGACUGCUGCUGAGGAAGGCUCCUGUGCUUCAGUACCUGUACUACCUGGCGCAGAUCGGCAUCGCCAUGUCGCCCCUCAGCAACAACAGCCUGUUCCUCAGCUACCACCGCAACCCUCUCCCAGAGUACCUGUCCCGCGGCCUCAUGGUCUCGCUGUCCACAGACGAUCCGCUGCAGUUCCACUUCACCAAGGAGCCCCUGAUGGAGGAGUACAGCAUCGCGGCUCAGGUGUGGAAGCUCAGCUCCUGUGACAUGUGCGAGCUGGCCAGGAACAGUGUGCUGAUGAGCGGCUUCUCCCACAAGGCAAAGAGCUACUGGCUGGGGCCCAACUACAUCAAGGAGGGUCCGGAGGGCAACGACAUCCGCCGCACCAACGUGCCAGACAUCCGCGUGGCCUACCGCUACGAGACCAUGUGCGAGGAGCUGAACCUGAUCACCCAGGCCGUGCGCACCGAGGAGCUGGAGACCAUCGAGGAGGAGGACAGCCUCUCCAUGGCCCCCGUCCCGGGAGCACGUUAAGCCCCCUCCCUGCC